CCACAUGUCCUUGCCCUUGAUGAGUGUCAAAACCUGAUGUUUUGGACCAACUGGAAUGAGCAGAGACCCAGCAUCAUGAGAUCCACCUUAGUGGGCAAGAACAUGAGGAUUAUCAUCAGUUCAGACAUCCUGACCCCCAAUGGACUGACAAUUGACCACAAAGCAGAGAAGCUCUACUUUUCAGAUGGAAGCCUUGGCAAAAUUGAGAGAUGUGACUAUGAUGGUUCCAGCAGAUUUGUCAUAGUUAAAUCAGGACCCGGAAACUUCUAUGGGCUCGCCAUCUAUGCAGACUUUAUCUACUGGUCAGACUGGGCCCACAGGUCUGUGCUGCGAUCCAACAAGUACACGGGUAGUGACACCAAGGUACUACGAGCAGAUAUACCCCAUCAACCAAUGGGAAUAAUAGCUGUGGCCAGGGACACAAACAACUGUGAGCUGUCCCCAUGCCGACAAAUGAACGGAGGCUGCGGUGACCUUUGUCUCCUGACACCCUAUGGGAGGGUCAAUUGCACUUGCCGUGGAGAACGUGUGCUCUUAGAUGACAACAGAUGCGUGUCAGAAAAUUCCUCUUGCAACAUCCACACUGAUUUUGAGUGUGGGAAUGGCGAGUGCAUAAACUACCAGCUGACCUGUGAUGGAAUAGCCCACUGCAAAGAUAAAUCAGAUGAGAAGAUGCAAUACUGUGUCAACAGGAGCUGCCGGAAGGGUUUUAGGCCCUGCUACAACCAACGGUGUGUGGCAAACAGUCAUUUCUGUGACGGGAUCGAUGACUGUGGGGAUAACUCUGAUGAAUCUUUCUGCAGCAAUAUCACGUGUGGCUCAUCAGAAUCAUCGUGCAAGGAUGGGAGCUGUGUACCCAGCUCAGCCUGGUGUAACCAGGUCAUUGACUGUGCCGAUGCCUCAGAUGAAAAAAGCUGCAACCACAGCGACUGCUCUCACUUUUACAAGCUUGGGGUGAAAGAAAAAGAAUUUAUCAGCUGCAACUCCACCUCACUGUGCAUCCACCCCUCAUGGAUCUGCGAUGGUGCAAACGACUGUGGAGACUACGCUGAUGAGAGCAGUUGCCAAGUUUCCCAUGGGCAGAAGUGCGAGGAAGGCCACUUUGCUUGUCCAAGUGGAAACUGCAUCUCUAGCGUGUGGCUGUGCGAUGGCCAAAAAGACUGUGAAGACGGAGCAGAUGAAUUCCAGUGUGAUUCGUCAUGCUUGUGGAACCAGUUUGCCUGCUCAAAGAACAAGUGCAUUGCCAAGCAAUGGCUGUGUGACGGGGAGAACGACUGUGAGGAUGGCCUCGAUGAGAGUGUGCAGAUAUGUGGCUCAGUGACAUGUGCUCCAGGGCUGUUCAGCUGCCCUGGGUCGUAUGCCUGUGUUCCGAAACGCUGGCUCUGUGAUGGUGAAAGGGACUGCCCUGACGGGAGUGAUGAACUUUCUGCAGCUGGCUGCGCACCCAACAACACAUGUGAUGACAGCUCGUUUCGCUGCCACAACAAAGCAUGCAUCCCCCAGCGAUUCGUCUGCGACCAUGAUGACGACUGCGGAGAUGGGUCUGAUGAGUCAGUGGAAUGUGUCUAUCGCUCCUGUGGAUCAGAGGAAUUUCGCUGCAGGGACGGCCGCUGUCUUCUCAGCUCUCAGUGGGAGUGUGAUGGCCAUGCAGACUGUCCCGACCACUCUGACGAACUGCCUCUAAACCUCAAAUGUCUGGCUGCAGGAAGCUUGUGCAAUGGCUCCUUCUUCAUGUGCUCCAAUGGACGCUGCAUCUCGGAGGGGAAUCUCUGUGAUGGGAGAGAUGAUUGUGGAGACCGGUCAGAUGAGAAGAACUGUAAUCUGAAUGAAUGUUUAAACCGCCGAGUCAGUGGAUGCACACAGGACUGCCAAGACCUUCCUGUCGGAUACAAG